AUGGGCGACGAAAAGGAGAGCGGGUCGCGCGUUCACUACGCUGAUAAAGAUGCGAUCCGGCCCGAAAAUCCACGCCGAUCUUUGAAUCGCAAAGGCUCAACUUCUUCCCUUUCUAUUCGAUCUGCUCAUAGUCGCGUUGUUCCCCCCGAAGCAGUCCUUCCGAUCACAUAUAGAACACUAUCUUACAAUGUCGACGAAUCUCUCAAGAAGGACCCUCAACAGGUUACCGACAAAGAUAGCGCAGAGCGUUUACGUGGGAUUUCUGACCUCGAUUGGCACAUGAUAUCAAUCGAUGAAAUCGCCAGGAGACUCUCAACCUCAAUACAUCAAGGGUUAUCAGUUGAGCAAGCCCAGCGUCGUAUCGCGGAAUAUGGCAAGAAUGCGCCAACGCCACCACGUACAGAAUGGUUUCGAAAAAUAAUGGGUUACUUUUUUGGAGGAUUCGGCGUUCUUCUGUUUAUCGGUUGUAUUCUGGUAUUUGUUGCAUGGAAACCUUUAGGAGAUCCUCCUGCUUUAGCCAACCUGGCUCUAGCCAUCGUUCUUGGCGCUGUUUUCUUGAUCCAGGCCGGUUUCAAUGCAUGGCAGGAUUAUUCGUCUUCUAGGGUCAUGGCUUCUAUUAAAACAAUGCUGCCGGAUGACUGCAGGGUGAUUCGAGAUGGCGAAGCAAGUAUGAAGUCUGCUCUUCACCUCGUUCCUGGCGAUGUCAUCAAAAUCAAGCAAGGCAACAAACUUCCUGCCGAUGUUCGACUGAUCGAAACAUCUCCGGAUUUGAAGUUUGACCGUUCAAUCCUAACGGGUGAAUCCGAGCCCGUUAAUGGUACUGUUGAGUCUACUGACAAGAAUUAUUUGGAGACCCAUUGUAUUGGACUUCAAGGGACCCACUGUGUAGCCGGGACGGCUACUGGUAUCUGUGUUGCAACUGGCGAUAACACGAUAUUCGGCCGAAUCGCUGGGUUAACCAAUAAACCCCGGCAUGAGUUUACUCCCAUACAGAAGGAAAUUCUACGCUUUGUCUUGAUCAUUGUCAGCUUCAUUGCAAGUGUAGUUAUCAUUGUCAUCAUACUUUGGUCCGCUUGGCUGCGAAAAUACCACCCAGAUUGGAUAGACGUUUCGUUGCUUAUUGUUAACUGUGUUAGUGUCGGUAUUGCGUUUGUCCCAGAAGGUCUACCUGUUGCAGUUGCAAUGAGUCUUACAAUCGGAGCCAAUAUCAUGAGGAAGAACAAAAUCCUCUGCAAGUCUCUUGCAACAGUUGAGACUUUAGGUGCUGUUACCGUUAUUUGCUCCGAUAAAACGGGUACUCUGACUAAAAACGAGAUGUAUGUCACCGAUUCCUUUGCAGGAGGGCAGGAAUAUAAAGCCGACGAUGCCAAAGAAGGGUUGUUCAGAGGCAAGGACGAUGAUGACACUUCAAACCAAGCGUUGGAGAGUCUUCGUGUUUCAGGAGCGCUGUGUAAUGCUGCUGAAUUCGAUGCCACUACAACCAAGCUUCCGGCUGGUAUGAUGAAAAUAUAUGGUGAUCCCACUGAUCAAGCCAUUUUGAGAUUUUCUGAAACUCUAUCAUCGGUACAAGACCUUAAAACGAGCUGGAAGAAGGUCUUCGAGAUCGCUUUUAAUAGCAAAAACAAAUUCAUGAUUCGUGUCAUGUCUCCAUUCAUGCCAGGAACCACAGCAACCCACUCUGAUGAAAUGAAUCUGUGGAUUAAGGGUGCCCCCGAAGUUCUCCUUUCUCGCUGCAGCACAGUUCUUCAAGAUGAUGGCUCAGUGAAGCAUAUGUCUUCUACUGAUCGACAUGAAAUUGAACAGAUCAAAGACAGAUGGUCCGGUGAUGGCAAGCGGGUUAUCUUAGUUGCUCAGAGGGUUAUCUCUGGAGACAUUUUACCAAGCCUACAAUCAGCAAAAGCCGAGAGAGUAGUAUUAGAUAUCGCAAGGGAGGACCUUACAUUUAUCGGACUUUGGGGUUUGAUUGAUCCUAUUAGAGACGAAAUCCCCGGUGUAAUUGAGACUCUUCGUACUGCCGGUAUUCGGGUUAUGAUGGUGACCGGUGAUUUCAAGCUCACUGCGCAAGCUAUCGCAAAAGACUGCGGAAUUAUUAGGAGUGCGCCAGCCUUGGUACACAGCAUUGAAAAUCUCGAGCGGGACCAUGAAAAACCAGCCCUCUCUACUAACAAUGACUCACUCCGCUCCAUUACGAUUAGCGGCCCAGAACUUAUUACACUCAACGAUACCCAAUGGGACCAACUAUGCAGAUAUGAAGAAAUUGUCUUCGCACGUACUACCCCAGAGCAAAAACUACGAAUUGUCAAAGAAUUCCAAUCUCGCGAUCAGACAGUUGCCAUGACGGGUGACGGAGUAAACGAUGCUCCCGCCUUGAAGGCCGCUGAUGUUGGCGUGGCGUUGGGUAGUGGCUCUGAUAUUGCGAUCGAGGCUUCCGACAUGGUUCUUUUGGACUCUUUUUCCGCUAUUGUUGAAGCUGUGAAGUAUGGCCGCUUGACAUUUGAUAAUCUGAAGAAAACGAUCAUCUAUCUUCUUCCUGCUGGUAGCUUUAGUGAAUUUUGGCCUGUCAUGGCGAAUGUUGCUCUUGGUGUCCCACAAGUGCUAUCAUCCUUUUUGAUGAUUAUUAUUUGUUUGUUCACCGAUGCGGGUGGUGCCAUUACCCUCGCAUAUGAAAAACCUGAGAUGGAUGUGCUUCUUCGACCACCACGCAAUGCGAAGAAAGAUCGGCUUGUCAAUGCGAGAUUUAUCCUCCAUGCAUAUGGGUUUGUUGGCAUCUACGAAUGUCUACUUUCAUUCGUAAUGGCUUUUUGGUAUAUGUCGCGACGUGGAGUACCAUUCAGUGCCUUGGUUUUGAAAUUCGGCAACUUGGAUCCUAAGUAUGAUCCUGCUUAUGUGGCCAAGAUCACAAACCAUGCAUCCUCGAUCUAUUUCGUAAACUUGGUGGUGAUUCAAUUUUUCAAUUUACUUGCAACUAGGACGAGGCGUCUCAGUAUCUUCCAGCAACCACCAUUGUUCAAUAAAGAAACACAAAAUCCAUUGCUUUUCAUGGCAAUGGUGUGGUCUCUUUUCAUUGUUUUCAUAUUCUGCUACAUUCCGGGCAUCCAAAAUACUGUUGAUACUACGUCUGUUCCGGUAGAGCAUUUCUUCCUUCCAGUCGCUUUCGGUCUUGGAAUUCUUCUUCUAGAUGAGACAAGGAAGUAUUGUGUUCGACGCUGGCCAAAGGGUAUACUAGCAAGAUUAGCAUGGUAA